GCGUGCGUAAGAUCCGGCCUGGGGGAAAGGGAUGAAUGUUAAUUUCAAAGAUGGCGGCGGAGGGAGGAGGGAAGGAGAUGAACGAAAUUAAAACUCAGUUCACCACUCGGGAAGGCGUCUACAAACUCCUCACUCACUCCGAAUACAGCCGUCCUAACAGGGUGCCUUUCAACUCGCAAGGUUCCAACCCCGUCAAGGUCUCCUUCGUGAACGUCAACGACCAAUCGGGCAACGGCGACAGGAUCUGUUUCAAUGUGGGCCGUGAGCUCUACUUCUACAUCUACAAAGGCGUUAGAAAGGCUGCUGACCUGAGCAAGCCCAUAGACAAGCGUAUCUACAAGGGAACGCAGCCUACCUGUCAUGACUUUAACCACCUCACAGCCACAGCAGAGAGUGUGUCCUUGCUUGUGGGUUUUUCUGCAGGACAGGUACAGCUCAUUGACCCCAUCAAGAAGGAGACAAGCAAGCUCUUCAAUGAGGAGAGACUAAUAGACAAGUCCAGAGUAACAUGCGUGAAAUGGGUGCCCGGCUCUGAGAGCCUGUUUCUGGUCUCUCAUGCCAGUGGAAAUAUGUACCUGUACAAUGUGGAGCAUACUUGUGGCACCACAGCUCCACACUACCAGCUGCUUAAACAGGGAGAAAACUACUCUGUACACACUUGUAAGAGUAAAUCCACGCGGAACCCUCUCCUUAAAUGGACAGUGGGUGAGGGGGCUCUGAAUGAGUUUGCCUUCUCUCCAGAUGGGAAGUUCCUUGCCUGUGUUAGCCAAGACGGCUUCCUACGAGUCUUCAACUUUGACGCGGUCGAGCUUCAUGGCACCAUGAAGAGCUACUUUGGUGGCUUGUUGUGUGUGUGCUGGAGCCCUGAUGGAAAGUACAUAGUUGCAGGUGGAGAGGACGAUUUAGUGACAGUGUGGUCGUUUUUGGACUGCAGAGUGAUCGCCCGAGGUCAUGGGCACAAGUCAUGGGUUAGUGUUGUGGCAUUUGACCAUUACACCACCAGCGUGGAAGAGAGUGACCCAAUGGAGUUCAGUGGCAGCGAUGAGGACUUCCAGGAUCAGAUGAUCCACUUUGGACGAGACCGGGCCAACAGUACGCAGUCCCGACUCUCCAAGCGCAACUCCACGGACAGUCGGCCUGUUAGUGUCACAUACCGGUUUGGCUCGGUGGGCCAGGACACUCAGCUGUGCCUAUGGGACCUUACUGAGGACAUCCUUUUCCCCCAUCUUCCACUCUCACGGACACGAACACACACUAACGUGAUGAAUGCCACCAGCCCCCCUGCGGGUGCUACAUUAAUCACUAACGCAUCUAGUAACACUACUAAUGGAAACAACAGUGGUGCCAAUACUCCUGGCAUUAACUCUGUCUCUACUACAUUACCACGCUCCAACAGCUUACCACAUUCAGCCGGCACCACAACAACAACGGCAAACAAUACCAACAAGGCUGGCAGUGGUGGUGGCAUCGGCAGUGGUAUGAUGGACAGUGCGAUUGCUACAGGUGUGAGUAAGUUUGCCACAUUGUCACUCCAUGAUCGAAAGGAACGCCACCACGAGAAGGACCACAAACGCAACCACAGCAUGGGUCACAUCAGCAGCAAGAGCAGUGACAAGCUCAACCUGCUGACAAAAACCAAAACAGACCCUGCUAAGACUCUGGGCACUCUGCUGUGCCCGCGCAUGGAGGAUGUGCCCCUCCUUGAGCCUCUCAUCUGUAAAAAGAUAGCACACGAGAGACUGACUGUACUCAUAUUUUUAGAGGACUGUUUAGUGACUGCUUGUCAGGAGGGAUUUAUUUGCACAUGGGCGAGGCCAGGCAAAGUGGGCUUAUUGUCAUCCCAAAACCAAGCCAGCUCUCCCAGUGGAACAGUAGUAUAGCCACAAUAUUUCUGCUGCUAAAGAACCCUGCAACCCAGAGUCUGAUGCUGCUCUUCACCCUGCAAGCAUUGCAAGUUUUCCUAUUUUUAUUUUUUAUUUUUUUUUAAUACCCCUCCCGAUUUUUUUAAUGGCUUUUCUGUUCUUUACGUUUAUCACUCACUUGACCUAGUGGAAGAAUGAAGCAAGAAAAGGUGUGGUGCAAUUGUGGACUAUUGCACUAAUGGGCUUUUGUUCUCUGGAGUUUUAACACAUUUUAGAUUUUUAAAAUUCUUUCUUUCAUGUCAAAUCCCAUCAGACUUUUGUCCCCUCUGGAAAUGAAGCUUAGCUUUGUUAGAUGCAAACCAGACAAUUGUGGCUUGAGAUUAAAAGGAUAGUUAAUUUAAUUUUCAGAAUUUGUAUGUAUCCCAGCCUCUGCUCAGGGUUACUGACUCAAAUGUGAAUUUUGGAUGAACUAUCCUUUUACGACCAAGUGCGUGAGCAUCUGAAAAUUUAGCUUCCAUCCACAUUCACCCACUACUUCUCCUUUGAGUAGAAUCUCCCCAUCAACAACUUUGCACUGAUUUUGUUAUUUUGUUGUUUGUUUUUAUAACUACUCUAAUGGAUCAAAAAGAGGGUUGAGGACUGCCUUGUUGCACUCGGCUUUAACAUCCUCAGUCUUGAAAUCUGAAUCUAUAAAGUUGGAUGCUGCAAUCAUAGUCUUUUUAAAGAAAAAAAAAAUUGUUUGCACUUAAAUUAGUUUAUUAGAAGAAAAUUGCUUUACAUAUUUGGGUGUGCUCAGAACUCACAGAUAGCUAAUAACAGUAGGUGAAGAAAAAUUAUAAAACUAUUAAAACCUUUAUCUAUUGAGCAUUUAUUUUAAUAUUAUUUCAGAUUCAAAUCUGCUUUGUAUCAUAAUGUGUAUAUUGUAAUUACUUGAUUUGAUGGGGGCCUAAGCAAACUACCAUUACUCAAGUGGAAGUUUUGUCAUUGAUAGUUAUAUUUCUAAAGCCUAAAGUAUACAUAUUAAUAAUAUUAAAAUAAUCUUGAAUAUAC